UUAUAAUCACCCACGCUUCACUCCCUUCACCUACUGUCAAGUGUCAACCCACUUCUCACCCACUCCUUCCCUCCUUCCUACCCAAUCCAAUCCCCUUUCUCUCUCCUCUUUCUACUUUCUUCAAUCUUACCCACGCAUUUCACACUACCCCCUUCUUCCCUCCAGCCGCCACUCUAACUCCUUCACGUGUUUCAUUCCUUUCUCAUCUCAUUUUUCAUGAUUUUUCUUCCCUAAAAUAAAAAAAAAAGUCUUAAAAUUUCAAAUGAUGAAUAUCUGGUCAUCAGAUGAUAUUAAUCAUGCCUCAUCAUCUUCCUCUAUAGUUAUGAUGGAUUCUUUCCUCCCUCCCACCGCCACCGCUACCACCACCGCCACCGCACAAGACACCCUUCACAGCCGUCUUCAAUCUCUCAUCGAUAAUCCCGCCACCUCUCACGCCACUCAAGCAUGGACCUACGCUAUCUUCUGGCAAAACAGUGUUGAUUAUUCGGGUCAAUCUCUUCUUGGGUGGGGCGACGGCUAUUAUAAGGGCGAAGAGAAGAAAACUCAAACUCAAACUCAAACUCAAACUCAAACUCAAACCCAAGAUGUAGCGGAGCAAGAGCAUCGAAAACGUGUGCUUCGGGAGCUGAAUUCACUCAUAUCUGGAGCUGAACCACCAGAGGAUUCUGCUGUAGAGGAGGAAGUUAGUGAUACUGAAUGGUUCUUUCUUAUUUCCAUGACCCAUUCGUUUAGUAGUGGGGAGGAUUUACCGGGUGAGGCCCAUUUAAGCUCUAAACCCAUAUGGGCUGCUGGACCCGACCGACUGUCGAGUUCGCCUUGUAAUCGGGCCAAGCAAGGAGCUUGCUUCGGGCUUCAGACGAUGGUUUCGAUUCCAGUGUUGAAUGGUGUUGUUGAGUUGGGGUCUACUGAGGUCAUCUUUCAGAGCCCUGAUUUGAUGAAUAAGGUUAGGGUUUUGUUUUGCUUUGGGCCUGGGUCUGGUGACACGGGGUUGUUGUCGGGGUCUGUACCCGUGUCUGCUCCUGAGAGUGAUCCUACGACGAUGUGGAUCAAUGAUCCGAAUCCAGUAGAGGUGAAAGAAUUGAGGAAAACGCCUACUCCGCCGCCACCUCCACCGAUGAAAUUGAUUAAUUUGGAUAGUCCAAUAAAGAGUAACCUUAGUGAAUUUCACUCGACUCCGAACCCGGCACAAAAACAACAACAACAAGGGUUCUUUAGUAGGGAGUUGAAUUUUUCGGACUAUGCAGGUUAUAAUGGAAAUGGUAACAAGAGUAAUGGGAGCUUGAAGCCGGAAUCUGGGGAGAUAUUAAGCUUUGGUGGAGGUGAUAGUAAGAGAAGCACAAAUAAUUCAAAUGGAAAUGUGGGGAUAUUUGGAGGUAAUUCAAGUUUCUUGAUUGAUGAUAGUAGUAAUAAAAAGAAAAGAUCCCCGAAUUCAAGAGGAAGUAAUGAAGAUGGGAUGUUAUCUUUUACUUCUGGGGUAAUCUUAGCUUCAUCCGGGGUGGUGGGUAAAUCCAGCAAUAACAAUGGUGCUGAUUCCGAACAUUCGGAUUUAGAGGCGUCUGUAAGGGAAGUAGAUAGUAGUAGUAGGGUGGUACCGGAGCCAGAAAAACGCCCGAGGAAGCGAGGAAGAAAGCCCGCCAAUGGAAGGGAAGAGCCGUUAAAUCAUGUAGAAGCCGAGAGACAAAGAAGAGAGAAGCUAAAUCAAAGAUUCUACGCCUUACGAGCAGUUGUUCCCAACGUUUCCAAGAUGGACAAGGCAUCCCUAUUAGGCGAUGCUAUCUCUUAUAUAAACGAGCUCAAAGCGAAGCUCCAAGAUUUCGAGGUGGAGAAAGAAGGAUUGGUUUCUCAAGUGGAGGGGCUAAAGAAAGAAUUGGGGGGAUCACAACCACAAUCGCAACAACAACUUGCGCCAUCUUACUUGGAGAAAGAAACCAAGGCAGUAUUAGGAGUUAAACAGCAGCUAGUAGAUUUGGAGAUUGAUGUUAAGAUAAUUGGGUGGGAAGCGAUGAUACGAGUGAAUAGCAAUAAGAAGAACCACCCUGCCGCGAGGCUAAUGGCGGCUUUGAUGGAGUUAGAAUUGGAUGUUACUCAUGCUAGUGUGUCUGUUGUUAAUGAUUUGAUGAUCCAACAAGCAACCGUAAAGAUGUGUAACAGGUAUUACAGUCAAGAACAACUUAGAAUGCUUCUAGCUUCUAAAGUGUCAGAUCCCAGAUAAUUGAUUGUACUAUUAUGGUCAUAAAUUUAGCUUAUGUUGUUCAUAUUAGUUGUAUUAUAAUUGAUCCCAGUAUUUUUAGUAUUGGGAAUCUGUAUAAUUAUAGUUUAGCUUAAUGUGAACUCGAGUUUUUAGAUUUUUAGUAUAUAGAGGAGGAAACAGGAGCCGGGUUUGGUUAUAGAAGUACAUCCUGUACCAAUUUCUGUAAAUGGAAAUGAAAACUUAGCUCCAACUCUCAGUUUUUGGUCUUAGAUAUUGUCUAUUAUGUAUAAAAUCCUUUGUGAAAUUUUAUGUAAGGAGUAUAUUUUGUUUGUACAA